GUCCGGGCGGCACUGCGGCAGACGCGCGGGCGGGGCGCACCGAGGCCGGGCGGGCCGGGGCCGCGAGGCGGGGCGGGGCGGUGCGGGGCGCGUUGCCAUGGCUCCGGGGCGCGCCUAGCGGGACCCGCUCGUGGAGCCAGCCCGGCAGACCUGGGCCCAAGGCCGGGGGGAGGGCCGAGGCGAGGCGGGCCAGGGGCGCCUGCCAGGCGCGGAACGCGGAGCCCAGCAGUGGCCGAGGCCGCAGCGUCUCCCGCGCGCUCGCAAGAUGCAGGCCAUGGACCCGGCCGCGGCGGAUUUUUACGAAGUGGACGGCAAGGAUCUAGACUUCUAUGACUUCGAACCGCUCCCCACUCUGCCCGAGGACGAGGAGAACGUGUCCCUGGCCGACAUCCUGUCCCUGCGGGACAGCGGCCUCAGCGAGCAGGAGGCCUGGGCCGUGUGCCUGGAGUGCAGCCUGUCCAUGAGGAGCGUCGCACACUCGGCCAUCUUCCAGACGCUCUGCAUCACGCCCGACACCCUGGCCUUCAACACCAGCGGGAAUGUGUGCUUCAUGGAGCAGCUCAGCGAUGACCCCGAGGGAGCCUUUGUCCCCCCGGAGUUCGAUGUGACUGGGAACACCUUUGAGGCUCACAUCUACUCUCUGGGGGCCACGCUGAAGGCUGCCCUCGAGUACGUGGCAGAGCCAGAGCCGGAGCCCAGGCUGAGCCGUGACCUGGAGGCGCUGCUGGACCAGAUGCAGGCCGAGGACCCUGGGGACCGGCCAGAUCUCGAGAGCAUCAUCGCGCUGUGCGAGGAGAAGACGCAGCUCAUGCCCUCCUGCCGCCUGUGCCGCAACCUCUCGGCCGUCGGGAGGAGGGUGCUCUCCCUCGAGUCCUUCGGGACCUUCCAAGAUAUCAGCGAGAGCGCCUGGAGGGGGAGACUUGCUCCAAGAAGUGUGGGGCCCAAGAGGCAGCCUGGAGACCAUGGCACUGACCCGGAGGCCCCACCCGCCCCCCAAGGCCGGCCCCAGACGCCCGCCUGCGACCCCAGGACCCUCUCCUCCAAGCUUUUGCUGUCACCCCCUGCGAAAAAUGGAGAAAGCCACAUCGGGGAGGGACUGGCCAGCCUGGUCCUGGAUGCCCAGCGCCCCACAGAGAGGGGCCGCCUGAGGAAAGUGCAGACGGUCCCCAGGCUCCUGCCCGAGGGCCCCGAGGCCAGCACCCUCUGCCUGCCGCUGACCAGCGUGAAAAACCAGUUGCCCACAUUGGAAUUCUUCCCUUCAGACCCCGGGAAGGCCUUUCCCGAGAGGAAGAGUGGCCCUUUUAGCUUCAGCGGCCAGCCCAAGUCCAGACUGCGGCCGGAGCAGGAGCCUGGGCUCCAGGGGGAAGGGGCUCGGGGUGUGGAUCCAAGUGGGGGCGGGGCAGCUGGGGUGUCUGACCAGGGUCCUGUGGAGGAAUGCCACCCGCCCUGUCCUGAGGACCCUCAAGAUGCAGGUGGAGACUCAGGGAUGAUGUUGGGGGUCGAUCAGCAGAUUCCAGAAGGAGCCGGAGAGCCGGGAAGUGCAGCCUCGGACCAGGGCGUCUCCCUGCAGGACCUCCUGUCGAAGCUGGGCCGGCCCUUCAAGGAGUACGAGCUGUGGGCUCUGUCCCACGCCUGCCUCAGCGCUGUAGGCACCCACCCCCGGCAGCCAGCCUACCUGUGUCCGGACUCCGUGCUGGUGGCCGAGGAUGGGGCCGUGCUGUUCAGGCCGCCCCCUGCCAACGGCACCUCCAACUCGUUCUUCCUGGCCCCUGAGGUGGCAGAGCAGCAGCUGGUGACUGAGAAGGCCUCAGUGUACUGUGUGGCCGCAGUGCUGUGGAUGGCGGCCAAGUUCAGCGUCCCCCAAGACCACAAGCUGGCCCUGCCACGCAGGCUCAAGACCCUCCUCCUGGAAAUGGCCAGGCGCAGUGCCCAGGAGCGGCCGUCUGUGGCCGAGGCCGUCAAGAUAUGUGGCAGUUACCUCCUUCAGCGAGGCAUGGACAGCAGAAAGAUUUUAGCGCACCUGAGGGCAUCCACCUGUAAGGUUUACCAGGAGGAAGAGACCAUCAGUCUCCAAAAUGUGUUCUCGGUGGUUGAACUGACCCCCAGCGCAGCGCCAGCUCCCGGGUCCAGCUCAGGCUUCGUGCAGGUCAGCGGUGACACCAGACUCGUGGCUGUGCAGGGGCCUGCGCCCGACCCACCCUCCUGCUGCGAGGAGGCUUUGGAGCUGCCCGAAGCGCUCGCCUCCCCAGCCACGCACUUCCAGCCCAUCGUCCUCGCACCCGAUGCAGGUGCGGCCAGGGAGGUACUUGCCAGGUCGGCGCCGGCAGAGAGGCCAGAGGAGAGGAAAGGCAGGCUGGACGGGGACAUUGAUGAGAAGAAUGUGCCUGAGGCUCACGCAGUGGCCACCAGCUUGGAGACACCUGACCAGAUGGCGCCUGGACCCAGCUCGUGUGACACAGCCCCAGGACCCCCAAGAGAGUUGGUGCUGAGAGGGUCAGCCCAGGGGUGCCCCUGCUCCCCAGCUCCCACCUCCUCAGCGAUGCCCCAGGAGGGAGGGCUGGAGGAGUGGGUCCCACCUGGAGCCGCUUCCAGAGGCCUGGGGCCCCGCCCCCCAGAGCCCACCGCCGCUCGCCAGGGCCUGCAUCACCCGGCCAAGCCGCCCAGGAGCAAGGCCCCCAAGGGCCCCGGCCAGGAGCCCCAGGGCCCACCAUUCAGCCCCUCCCUGGCCAAGGCGAGUCCAGACAGCCCCAGGGGUGCCCCAGACAGUCACCCCGAGCAACCCCGGCCAGCAGACCGCAAGCUGUGUCCAUCCGGUGUGGACGCCUCACCCGUCCCCAAGAGCACGGCCUGCCCGUCCCUGCAGGAGGCCACGCGCCUCAUCCAGGAGGAGUUCGCCUUCGACGGCUACCUGGACAACGGGCUGGAGGCGCUGAUCAUGGGGGAAUAUAUUUACGCCUUGAAAGAUCUCACCUACGCCACUUUCUGCGGGGCCAUAUCAGAGAAGUUCUGUGACCUCUACUGGGGGGAGAAGCUGCUGCAGAAUCUUUUCAAAGUGGUGAACGAGAGAACGUCGCCCUCCAGGAACACCCCGGAGGAGGCUGGGUCACAGCCCGAGGGCGGCCAGGCCAGCGCACGAAGCGGCUCACCGUCCAGCAAACGGCCCUUGCUGCGCGGAGCAGGGAAGGACAUGCCGGCCGCUCACAGCAGCAGAGCCCCCUGCCCACCCCCAUCGCUGUCCGACAUGGACUCGGAUGAGCUGUCCCGAGGCAACUUGGAGGUGGGAUUUCGGCCUCAGAAGUCAGUAAAAGCCGAGAGGGAGCAGCCGCCUGGGACCCCGGCGGACCAGCCGCAGGCAGGGGGCCCAGAGCCGGCCAGAGGGACCCCGGACGUGGAGGCAGCGGCCCAGCUGGCCAGACCCAAGGAUGGUGGCCCAGUUGUGAACCCGGGCGUGGCUGAGUUCCAGAGCUGCAGCCCCGGCUGGAGCAGCGCCUUCUACGAGGCCGACUGCUUUGGCACCGACGUCCACAACUACGUGAAGGAGCUGGAGGGGCAGAAGGCCGGUGGGAACCCCGACACCUCUAGCCCGACGUCUCUCUUGGAACCUGAGUGCAGGCAGGAGCUGGAGCAGCAGCUCAUGAUAGAGAAGAGAACCUACCGGAAGACCCUUAAGUUCUACCAGAAACUCUUACAGAAGGAGAAGCGGAGUAAAGGCUCCGAGGUGAAGACGAUGCUGUCCAAACUAAAGGGGCAGCUGGAGGAAAUGAAGUCCAAGGUGCAGUUCCUCGGGCUGGUCAAGAAGUACCUACAGGUCGUGCACGCGGAGCGGUGGGGCCUGGAGCCCUGCGCCCUGCCCGUGAUCGUGAACAUCUCCUCGGCCCCCUGCGACACGCUGGACUUCAGCCCCCUGGACGAGUCCUCGUCCCUCAUCUUCUACAACGUCAGCAAGCACCCGCGGGGCGGCCGGCAGCGCAAGGCCCGCGUCCUGCAGGCCGGCACGCCGCUGGGGCUCAUGGCCUACCUCUACUCCAGCGACGCCUUCCUGGAGGGCUACGUGCAGCAGUUCCUGUACACCUUCCGCUACUUCUGCACACCCCAGGACUUCCUGCACUUCCUCCUCGACCGCAUCAGCAGCACCCUGUCCAGGGCCCAUGAGGACCCCACCUCGACCUUCACCAAGAUCUACAAGCGCAGCCUCUGCCUGCUGCAGGCCUGGGUGGAAGACUGCUACACUGUGGACUUCACCAGGAACGCCGGGCUGCUGGGGCGGCUGGAGGACUUCAUCUCCUCCCAGAUCCUGCCCCUGGACAGCUCCGUGGAGCACCUGCUGGGCCUCCUGGAGGUGGGCACAGACCGGCGGACUGAAGGCGCCCCACACAGCACAGACCUGGAGAUCCCCAAGGAGACCGAGGAGGCCACCAGAUCCCUCAACGCCCUCUGUAAGAGGCUCUCGGAAGACAGCAUCUCCCGCAAGAGCUUCCCCUGGAGGCUGCCCCGGGGCAACGGGCUGGCACUGCCACACAAGGAGCGCCAGUACACCAUCGCGUCCGCCCUGCCCAAGCCCUGCUUCUUCGAGGACUUCUGCGGCCCCUACGCCAAGACCAGCGAGAAGGGGCCCUACUUCCUGACUGAGUACAGCACCCACCAGCUCUUCACCCAGCUGACGCUGCUGCAGCAGGACUUGUUUCAAAGGUGCCAUCCCGUCCACUUCCUAAACUCACGGGCCCUGGGCGUCAUGGACAAAAGUGCCGCCAUCCCGAAGGCCAGCUCCUCUGAGUCUCUGUCGGCCAAAACCUGCAGCCUGUUCCUGCCCAAUUACGUCCAGGACAAGUACCUGUUGCAGCUUUUAAGGAGUGCAGAUGACGUCAGCAACUGGGUGGCCGCCGAGAUCGUGACCAGCCACACCUCCAAGUUGCAGGUCAACCUGCUGUCCAAAUUCCUGCUGAUUGCCAAAUCGUGCUACGAGCAGAGGAACUUUGCGACCGCCAUGCAGAUCCUGGGUGGCCUGGAGCACCUCGCCGUGAGACAGUGCCCGGCCUGGAGGAUCUUACCUGCGAAGAUAGCAGAGGUCAUGGAGGAGCUGAAAGCCGUGGAGGUGUUCCUGAAGAGCGACAGCCUGUGUCUGAUGGAAGGGCGCCGCUUCCGGGCCCAGCCCACCCUGCCCUCAGCCCGCCUCCUGGCCAUGCACAUCCAGCAGCUGGAGACUGGGGGCUUCACCAUGACCAACGGGGCCCACAGGUGGAGCAAGCUCAGAAACAUAGCCAAGGUGGCCAGCCAGGUGCACGCGUUCCAGGAGAACCCCUACACCUUCGCCCCCGACGCCAAGCUGCAGGCCUGCCUCAAGCAAAGAAUCGCGCGGUUCAGCGGGGCCGACGUGUCCAUCUUAGCCGCAGACAGCAGGGCCAGCUACCACCAGAUCGCCAGCGAGAAGCACUCUCGGAAGAUUCAGGACAAGCUACGGAAGAUGAAAGCCACGUUCCAGUGACGGAGGACAGUGGGAGGACGUCGGAUUCCACACCAAGGACGGAGCUGGGGAGAAAGGAGCCCGCCCGCUCGCUGCUCCGGGCCAAUCGCCCCGUGGGCGCAGCCCCCGCCACCUUAGACUAGGGACCCCCAACGCAGGCCCAGCGUGGGCCUGUGGGCACCAGAACGGGAGAGCAAGGGGCUCAGACCACGAUUCGGAGGGGACAGGCACCCGUGCGAGUCAGGGGGUUUCUGCUAGAAAAUUUAAACAUGAAAUCUUAACAUUUUAAAUGAAAAUAGACAAAGUAAACGCCCGGCUCUUUCCUGGAGCCCCUGGGAGAAUGAGUUAGGGAAAUAAUCUGCCAUUUCAGUAGGAGGAGGGGUGCAGCUUUCAGAGAGAAAUGGCCCUCCCCACUUCUCCAGGGAUCCAACCUACCCCCAAACCCCACCCCACCUCCCAGCCUCUGAUUUUAACUGAGUUGCCCAAUGAGCAGUGUUUUCAUGGGCCUGGCCUCCAUGUGCCCAGCAACAAAGGACCAAGACUGACCUCUGACCCCCACACCCACCAUAAGUUCCAAGGGGUUCUGAACCCUUCCACGGGGGUCCUGAGGCUUCCCAGUAGCCCAAGCCCCAACCUGGUUCACACUCCAUUCCCCCCAGACCUUCCCCCGCCCAGACUUCCCUGGCUCACCCUGUCCCAGCCAAGUGGGGGUCCCAGAGCCCUACAGCCCUUCCUGCCACCCAUUCCGACUGAGCCUACUAUUGCUGGCAAGCACCUCCCAGCUCCACACUGGCAGCCCCCCCAAGUACCCUCUGGCCCCACGUGCCCACCACCCCCACAUACAGCAGCUUCUGGUGGGACAGGUGCGCCCUGGCCAAGGUUCUGCUUCCUAGCCAAGCACACAGGACACAGCAGCUCCAAAGCAGAGGCAGCUUCGGGGACCCUGAGAGGUCCCUAGCCCGUCUGGGGGUCAGGGGGCCCCUGGGCUGUGGCUGCUGCCCACCUGCUCCAGCAGCCAUGCAUGCCACGCACACACCCAGCCUGGGCUCCCGCCGCUUGCCGUCACCAGCGCUUCAUCGGAACCAACCAGGAAAUGAAGUUUGCUGCCUAAAUGGCACCAAGCUCUUCUCCAGGGCUCUUCCCACGUGGCUGGUGCCGAGCACAGCUCAGUGGGUGGGGGACACCCUGGGAGGGGGCCUGCUGUCACACCCACCACGGGGCCUCUUCCCCAGCGUGGGAGGCCAGACCCCCUGGCACCAUCCGAGGCACCCCCGUUCUUCCACUCAAAUCAUUGCAAGACCCAUGACUGCUCUUCUGAGUUUUAGAAUUAGUGAUUCUUUCGAGCGACCAGCUGUAUUUCUAGGAACACUGUUACUAGUGAUAAAACGCUGCUCUUUUCAAUAUCAAGAUGUGUUUUCCCACAUACAUUCAUUUCAGGUCCUGCUUACAUGGCGUACAGGGGACUCGGCUCUCCUGGCCAUGCCAACGUGGCUUUAUUUUUUUUUUAAGCUUUUAUAUGAGGAUUGUGUUCUGCCAAUCAACUCUGACAUUUUCAGAUUUUGAAUUUAACAAGAUAGUGUCACAAAGCCUGAAGCAAAAUUAGUGUCCAGCACAAAAAAACAUUCCAAUCGUAACGACUUAUUCAGGGGAACUGACGGGGCUUUUGGCUUAAGCACGAUGUUUGCAUGGCGCCCUCCUGUCCUGUAGCGCAGGUUUCUAAAUAAAUCAUUUCUA